AUGCCGAGCGAGGAUCACUUGAUCCUCGCUCACCUGUGCAAUAAGGCCGAGGUGAAGGUGCUUGACGAUGUGCAGGAGGAGGAGAUGGACAAGCCCGACCCCAACCCCUUCUACCCUGACCCAGCGGCCGUCCCGGUUCGUGUCGAUGCGGAGAACGAGGUCAAGACAGAGCUGGAGGCUGAGGCUGCCGCGGCGAAGGACGGAAGGACUGACUCAUCGUCGGAUGAGGACGAUGAGGAGGAGGAGGAGGAGGAGGAGGAGGAGGAGGAGGAGGAGGAGGAGGAGGAGGAGGAGGAGGAGGAGGAGGAGGAGGAGGAGGCGGAGGAGGAGGAGGAGGAGGAAGAGGAGGAGGAGGAGGAGGAGGAGGAAGAGGAGAUGAGAGGAGGAAGAGGAGGAGGGUGA